GGUAGCCAAUGCAUCAAAGGGUUUCCAAGCAACUCCUAUAAACCUAAUGCUCAUUUCGCUAGACUUUAAGUGUGUAAAAUUUUUAUUUAAAAACACAAGGAAAGGAUUGCAUGCACCAGGGCUUGCCUGGAAUAAAUACUACGUUAAUGUUUGUUAGACGACGUCCACUUGGCGACCAUCCUUUGUCUUGGCAUUCAUUCAGUCCAUUCACCUGUGGUCCAUCGACACUGUUUCUCAGAGUAGUCGACUCUUUGCAUUACUUGGGGUCACUCGGCUUUAGUCCCCCGCAUCAUGUGAUCAAUUAACGUACCUAAAUGAUAUGCAUAAUGCAUAUGAAUGAGAACAAGGAAGAGUAACGCAAGAUAUUAUGAUGCUCCACAAUAUAAAAUUAAGUACUUAAUGAUGAGGCAUCAUAACACUUCAUCGGCAAACACUAGUUAUUGACAUAUGACCAAGCGCAAUAAUCACACUUCUCUAGAUUAACCGAAUCUAACGCAAACAUCACGAAAUAGUAAACUAUGCACACCAAGCAUAACACUCAUGUUCCUCCUCUCUAAUUGGAUCUAAUUCCGAAAUCAAGGAAGAAUAAAUUAUUUAAUCUGCACUAUCAUCCAUAGUAAAAGAUUUCAUCGGAAGUAUAAUAAAACUUGGACUCGUCAUUAUUGAAUACCAACAACUUAAAAUAAGUAUAAGAACAAUCUAAUUAACUCCUUAAACUAUGCGUCUUAAUUAACUUGAAUUACACACUUAACUAAAUCAAACAUCACAAUAUUUACUCUAACAUAUAUAACAUUAAUAGAUAACAUAGCGUUCGGUAAAACUAAUUUCUCAGCGACUUAAAUAUCUAGAGUACUUAUGUACACUGGCCAACGACAGAUGACUAAGUACAACAAUCAUGCUUCUCAAGAUUAGUCGAAUCUAAUACGACUACCCUAACAAAACAUGUCAGCUAGCUGAUUUAAUAAUAAACCUAUUUUUAACGUCAUCGAUUCACUAACAUCGUAUACUUGUCUACCAAAAUCUCCUUCGUCUAAACCGUACUUUAAACCUGAGCUUUACACGAUGUGUCUACGCCACAACUACGAUCACAAGCACAUCACAAAUAUUAAAUCAAUUAAAUUACCCUAGUCAUUUAUAUCCACCACCAAAGCACUCCUCGCCUAAAUUACAUUGCCGCCUAUAUUUUACCGUAUACAUCUAAUUAAUAAUUAUUACCAGAAAUUACAUAAACAUUAAUAACCUAUUUUUAAAUAAAAAUAGCAUAUAAUGACUAUCAUUACGACCAGUAAUUUAAUCCAACACAUCCAAUCAUUAAAACAAAAUAAUAGAAGUAGCGAAUCAGCUUACCUAAAUCCGACUUGGAUUUCGCAGAAAUAACAACGAUAAUAUGUUCAAGAAGUUUGUUGAAUAUUUGACGAGCGCCACGCGAGAAUCGCUUCUUUACCCACUCUCGGGAUUUCUUGAUGACGUACGGAACGACGACGAGCUCGAUAACGCACACGUGUGAUAAGGCAGGGUCUGCGGAGAUGUGUGUAAGAGAAGAUGAGCUCGUGGUGCCGAGAGUCGGCGGCGUGGUUUGAAACGGCUGGGCAUGCAGACGAGCUACAACAGUCCCAGUGCACAGCACGACAUCGAGGGUCUGCUGACACAGCUGCUGUUGGAGGAAGCGCGGAUGCAUAGCUCAGUACAGGACAUGGCGCAGUUCUGUACGGAUGCGAGUAGGGAGCAUCGCGCGCAGAUGGGUCGCGCGGCAUGGACUAGCAUAGAUGACGAACGUCGCGCGAUGCCGCAGAUAGUAGCUGAGCACAGGCAAGCAGUUGGGCGUGAUGGGAGGGCAAGAACAGGGAGGUCGACAGCGAGGUUCGGGCACCGGCGAACCAGCUACAGCAGGGACCUCGGCAAGACGUGGCCAUGGAGGAGAGAGAGAAAAGCAGGGGCGCCGCGAGCUGGGAAGCAGGGAGGAAGCUGGAGCCAGGGCGCGACUAUGGAAGAUGGAGCUUGGCCAGCGAACUGUGGACGACGCAGGAUGCCGAUUGCCGACCAGCGCGCAGGGGAGCAGGGCGCGAGCUGGGCAGAGGGAGCUGGGGGUUCGCGACGAGCUUGGGGAGGUGGGUGCGCUGGAGCCGGGCGCCGGGAAGAAGAAAUCCGAGCUGGGCGUGAUGAGCUGGGGAAGGACUCAGUGAGAGGGAGAGAUCGGCAGGGAGGAGUGUGACGCUGCGGCGACCAUGGGAAGGGGCUACAGCAAUGCGUAGGGAAGCUGGAGGAGGAGCUGCGCGGAGGAGAAGCCGGGGAGGAGCGGAGGAGCGGCUUGACGCCGUGGCUUGGAGAGAGAAGACAAGGAGGUAGAGAUAAA